AUUAUAGGAAAAAGUAUCGAUAUCUGAAUCCGUAGACAUUGCAUGUAAGUGUAACCACACGUUAAUUAUAGGAAAAUUGACGGAGUCAAAAUAUAGUGUAUUUGAAAACAACUGGUUAUGAGGGCAGAAGAGCCAUUGAAUCUUCUUCAGCUUCUUGAGAGACCGGAAAGCGCAGCUGGUUUAUCGAGAGCUGAAGAAAUUCAAUUCAUUAUGCGAAUAGGAAAAGCAGAUUGAUCGCAAAAUAUAAAGGGGGGAUUGAAAUGGUGGGGUUGAGGUGAUCUCGAGGAAGGAUGUUCUGUUUUUCUUGUUGCAUGCCACAAGACAACGUCAACCAGGAGCCCUCCACUAAACCAUACCAAGACACAAAACCCCUUGCCUCUAUUGCUAAUCUAUCCUUGAAAACUGAUAGCACCAGGCAAAGGUAUGUAGCUGAAGAAAUAGAAAAACUUGGAAAGAACAAUAUCUCUGCCGAUAUCUUCACUUUCCACGACCUGUCCGUCGCCACAAACAACUUCGACGCCGAUAAUUUGGUAGGCGAAGGCGGCUUUGGGAGGGUGUACAAAGGCCGCAUUAAUGGAAAAGAUGAGGAUGUGGCGGUGAAGCAGCUGGACCGAAAUGGGUUCCAAGGCAACAGAGAGUUUCUGGUGGAAGUGAUGAUGCUCAGUCUUCUUCACCAUCAGAACCUUGUCAAUCUCGUGGGAUACUGCUCCGAGGGCGACCAAAGAAUCCUUGUUUACGAGUACAUGAUCAAUGGCUCCUUAGAGGAUCACCUGUUAAAUACGAGUCCUGAGAAAAAGGGGCUUACGUGGGAUGUGCGGAUGAAAAUCGCACAUGGAGCAGCAAGAGGGCUAGAGUACUUGCACGAAACAGCGAGUCCUCCGGUGAUCUACCGAGACUUCAAGUCCUCCAACAUACUCCUAGACGCCAAUUUCAAUCCUAAACUCUCGGAUUUCGGGCUAGCCAAGAUCGGUCCCGUGGGGGAGCGCCCGCAUGUGUCCACGCGGGUCAUGGGAACCUACGGCUACUGCGCCCCCGAGUACGCCUCCACCGGACAGCUCACCACCAAAUCCGACGUCUACAGCUUCGGGGUGGUGUUUCUGGAGAUGAUCACCGGCAGGAGAGUCAUUGACAACGCCAGACCAAGUCAAGAGCACAACUUGAUCGAGUGGGCGCAGCCCCUAUUCAAAGACAAGAAGAAAUUCCACACAAUGGCGGAUCCUUUGUUGGAAGGGAACUACCCAGAGAAGUCGUUGUACCAAGCUCUCGCAAUUGCAGCCAUGUGUCUCCAAGAAGAUGCUGCAUCGCGACCAUUGAUUUCUGAUGUCGUAACUGCCUUAGAAUUCUUAUCACCACAACCAGGAGACCAAUAGUGUACAUGCUCAUUUUGUGCAGCAUUAUGUUGCUACCACUUAGUAUGGAAUUUUGUUGCUCUGCAGUUUACAACAACUAACUCUGUUUCUCACCUUAUAUUGCCAUCAUAAGAUUCAUUCAUCCAAAUAAGAGUAACAUUUACAUAUA